AUGUCGGCUGUUCCUAGGAUUCAGGUCGAAGUGAAACUACAUCCGGAUGUACAGUCUUUGGAAGAUGAAUGGUCUGGUAUUACAGAUCCAGUCAUCCGGCGCAAGCUGCAGAAUCGAUUGAAUCAACGAGCCGCACGACGACGGAAGGCUGCGCAAAGGGACGGCACGCCUGAUAGCUCAUCGAGUAGUAUCUCCGGGCAACAGCCACGAACCCGGCUGGUACCGGUGCACCCAACAACAGAUCUUCAUGACCUCGUUACCUCGACGGCCAAAUCCACCAGCGAGGAUGAGUGGAGAUCCAUUGCAGAACGAUCCAGCAAGGUGCAGAAGUCGGCGUUCGUCUCGAUUGGCCGAAUGAAUAUGAAUAUGCGUCGGCAAUGGUACGAGAUGCUUCUCGAAGGGCGGCUAGUAGAGGUUCAAGAGGUGGCGGAGAGGUGGCAGAAAGACCACGACGUUUCCUGGCUGUACCCGCUGCCCAGUGACCAUCUCAUCUCGCUGGUCUCGUAUAACGUGUACCGAGCUCUGAUUGUCAACAUCGCUCUUCUGGGCCUUGACCUCAAUCUCAUGUGCUUGGACGACUACCCAUCGCCGUUCCUGCCCCUGUCACAGAGCGCCAAUUCAAAUAUCCGCCGUCUCCCGCCGGCACUCGAACCCACCGAACUGCAAAAGACUGUUGCGCAUCAUCCGGAGUGGGACAUCAUCCCCGACCCGGAUGUCAGGGACAAUAUCCUUCGGCAUGGAGAAGAGAAUCUCGACGACAUCGCGCUCUGCCUCUACAUGGUGGGGGAGGUCAUCGGCGAUGACGUGGAAGAUCUGGACAUCGACACCCAGCACAAGAACGGGGUCAUCAUCUGGGGAGAGCCGUGGGAUAUCACCGGCUGGGAAGUCACACUAGGGUUUGCUAGCAAGUGGCCUUUCAUUCUACGGAAUGCUCCGCGCAUCCAGAACAGUACCAAUCGAUGGAGACUGCUUCGGGGCGAGGACCCUUUGGAUUUCGACCGCAUCUUGGCCGCCGAGUGA